ACAAGCAUAUCACCCGAGUGCAACGAUCUAAAAAAACAAUACGACGAUUGUUUCAACAAAUGGUACGCCAACAAGUUUCUCCAAGGGGACACGACACCCGCUUGCGAGGAGAUCUUUCAGCUGUAUAGGGCUUGUGUUUGGAGGGCGAUAAAAGAAAAGAACCUAGACCAACUGAUAAGCGAUGCACGGAAGGAGAAGCCGUUC